CAUCCUCGACCUGAUAAGCAACCCCAGCCUUCAUAAAACCAUAGUAUAUAGCAGUGCCUCUGAAGAGAUCGAAGAGAUAGGAAAGACUGCUACACCCCUCAUCUUGUUUCGUAUGAACUCGUCACGCCUCCACACCCAGUAGCCAUAGCCCGAACCACCACCAGCUGCAACAACACCGCAAGAUGCCGCCAGAAUUCAACCUCCAAGAAGAGGUCCAAUCCCUCUCCGACAUCUCCCUCUACCAGAUCGAUCAUGAGCUCGAUAUAGAGUCCAUGUCGGCUGGGGACAUGAACCGGGCGCUGGACGAGGCUGUCGAUCAGGUUACUCAAAGUACCGAGUGUAUCACCUUGCCAGAAGUCUUUGACGUAUAUCGGAGUCUGCUCAAACACGCCGAUCAAGUUCCCGGCCCGAUCCUCUCCAAACUCCUCGACUCUCUCUGCUCCUCCCUCACUUCGGAAUCCGAUCAGACCAUCCGAGACAUCGACCACCCGAACCCGGAGGACGACGCCGAGACGCAAGAACAGGUGUUUUUGAUGCACAGACGUCCGUUGGAGAUGUACGCGUUCUUACUCUUCUGGAUGGUCAAGGUCGGGGAGAGGUUGGGCGGGAGGAAAGAAAUGGGGGCGGAUGAGGGCGAGGUGGCAGAGGUUCCGGCCACUCGGGAUGGACGAGGCAAGAAAACGGCAGCGAAGAAGACCCCGAAAUCGACCUCGACAACAGCAGGCCGGGUAUGGAACUGGGCGGAUCAACUCCCCGUCGUCCUCCAGACCAUGUCCCGCGUGCUCAAGAUCCGGACGGAUCGGAUAUGGACGACUUCGGUUGAACGGGAAGCUUUCGUCGAGUGUUUUACCAAGUCAGUAUGGCAGAUCAGCGAGACGGAGAGCAGGUUGAAGAGUCAGGAGAUCAAGACGGGAAUCUACCGGGUCAUCUGUGUCGCUGUCAAAUCGCACGGGCACGCAUUUGGCGCCCAGACGACGAUCUUCCAAAACUUGAAUUACUUUGAGCAUCUGGCGGAACCCAUGGCCGAGCUAUUGACAGUCUUGGACGCCGAGUUCGACCAUACUCAGACCACGGAAGAGGUAUUAAGGGAGGUUGCCAACAAGCGGUUCCAACAAUCGGUCGAUGCCAAAGGCCCGAAAUCCUUCUCGCGCUUCCUCGUCAAACUCGCCGAACUUUCUCCCCGACUGGUUCAGAAACAGAUCAGUCUCCUGCUCGCGCAUCUCGAUAGCGAAGAAUAUACGAUGCGGAUGGCCAUCAUCGAGAUUAUCGGGAUACUCAUCCAGAACAUUCCGAUGAUGGGCGAGGGGGACGAAGAGGCCAAGAAGAAGCAGAUCAAGGGAUUCUUUGAGCUGCUCUUUGAGAGGUUUCUGGACAACAAUGGUUGGGUGAGAAGCAAGUUGUUGGCGACGUUGAUCAAGAUUUGCGAAGUUCGACAACCGUUCCCUAAAGAACGACUCAAGAUGCUCAACUACACCAUCCGCUCGCUAGAGGACAAGACCUCGAGCGUCCGAAAAGCGUCGAUCCAACUGUUGAAUACGCUCUUACAGACCCACAUCUAUGGGGCCAUCGAUGGAGGUCCUCUUAACAUCACCCUGAUCGAGGAGCGCUACGAGACGUUGUGCAAACGGCUCGAGGCUAUUGAACGCAAGGAGAUGGAGGUGGCUAGGCGGAAUGCUGGAUUGGACGAGGAUGAGGCGGAGAACAUGAAGAGUGGUCGGAGGCGGGAACGGACGGCCGCGACCGGCGAGGACGAGAUGCAGGUGGACGAGGCGGAACCGGUUGCCACGGUCCAAGAAGAGGCCGCGGAGGAACCUGCUCCUGCUGAAGAUCUUGUCGUCAGUGACGAGAUUGCUGAGCGGAUGCGCGCUACCCGCAAAAUCUACGCGGAAGCCCUGUACUUUGUUCAACAACUCGAGAACGCCGUACCAACACUGAAACAGCUAUUGACAUCCAAGAGCAAGGCCGAGGUCUUGGCUAGUAUGGAAUUCUUCCAGACGGCCCACCAUUACCAGCUGCACUUCGCCGAGGUUGGGAUCAAGACGAUGUUGCAUUUGAUCUGGAAUAAAGACAAUAAUAGCACCACUGAAGACGGGACCGAGCUCAAGGGGAUUCGGUCGCACGUCAUCGACGUCUACAAGCGGCUCUAUUUCGAAGUUUUGCCGGACCCCGCCAUGUCCGCACAACAGCAGAUCAGCAGGAUCACCAAGAACAUGAUUGAGCGGACAUACAAUGCCACCUUGGCCGAACUGACCUCGCUGGAAGAAUUGAUGAGGACCAUGAUGGCGGAGCACGAGUCUGAGGGUGUCCAUCCCGACGUGAUCAACAGGUUAUGGCACGUUUACAGCACGAACAAAGCCAUCGACAAGGCUCAGCGACGGGGCGCCAUUAUCAUUCUGGGAAUGCUCGCUAUUGCCAAGCGGGAGAUUGUGACCGAGCGAGUCGAUACGUUGUUGAAGAUUGGUCUGGGACCGCUAGGACAGGAGGACCUGGUGCUCGCACGAUACACGUGUAUUGCCCUUCAACGUCUCAGUGGAAGCGCCAAGAAGGUCAAGGGUUCGCUGAUCGACAAGACUUUGCGAAUCCCCAUGGACAGUCCCGUCUUCGAGCGCCUCGAGCGGACGAUCGAAGGCGAGAGCAAGUCGAGUCAAUGGUUCGCCAUGGCCGAGCAAGCGCUCAAUACGAUUUAUCUGUUGGGAGAGCAGCCAGAUGUGCUCUGCAGCAGGAUUAUUCACCAGCUGCACUCGCGUGUAUUCAAUCGGCCACUCAAAGCCGACGACCAGAUGUCAGAUAUCCAAACUGACGAGGAACCCGCCGCACCCACAAGCCAACCCGAUGCAACCGAUGCGACACACCUGGCUCAACUCGUCUUUGUUGUUGGACAUGUCGCUAUCAAGCAUAUUGUCUAUCUUGAGCUGGUCGAGCGCGAGGUCAAGCGUCAGAAAGACGAGUCAAACAAGGCCAAUGCCGGCAAAGCCGCUGACAAGGACGCAAACGACCUUGAAGCGGUGACGGGCAAUGCCGAAGACGACAUUGGCGACUUGGUGGCGAGCGUGCGAGAACGAGAGCUGCUUUAUGGCGAAGAUUCGUUGUUGGCGGUGUACGGCGGCAUGAUCGCGCAUAUCUGUUCUGCGCCCAAGGCCUUCAAGUCGCCAACACUCCGUGAAGCUGCCGUCUUAGCCAUGACCAAGCUAAUGUGCGUCAGCGCACAAUUUUGCGAGGCGCAUCUUCCUCUCUUGUUCAAGAUCUUGGAGACGAGCAAGGAUCCGAUCGUUCGAAGCAACAUCGUCAUUGCGCUUGGGGACAUUGCACUAUGUUUCAGUAAUAUGAUCGACGAGAACAGCGACCGCCUCUAUCAGGGAUUAGGCGACAAGGACUUAGUAGUCAAGAAGAACACCCUGAUGGUGUUGACUCAUCUGAUCUUGAACGGAAUGAUCAAGGUCAAGGGUCAGCUUGGCGAGAUGGCAAAAUGCACCGAGGACGAGGAGCCACGGGUUUCAGACCUUGCAAAGUUGUUCUUCGACGAGCUUUCGAAGAAGGACAAUUCGCUGUACAACAACCUGCAGGACAUCAUCAGCCACCUGUCGGUCGGUCAGCACGCCGUUGACGAGGAAAUGUUCGAGCGAAUCAUGAAGACCGUAUUUGGCUAUAUCGAAAAGGAAAAACAAGCCGAAAGUGUCAUCGAGAAGCUGUGUCAGCGAUUCCGAUUGGCCGACACGGAACGACAGUGGCGAGACAUCGCGUUCUGCCUGUCCCUCUUGCCCUUCAAGUCGGAUCGUUCAGUCAAAAAGUUGAUCGAGGGUCUGCCCUUCUAUCAAGAUAAGCUACACGAGGAAACAGUUUUCCGGCGCUUCAACGAGAUCCUGGUCAAAGCCCGAAGCAACAAGCUCAGCAGCAACAAGCCCGAGGCCGAGUUGAAGGAGUUUGAGAUGAUCCUCGCAGAACACAAGGCCAAGGGAGAGGAGGACAACGCGCUGGCCGCAAAUGCUGUGAAGAAGACGGCCAAGGCAGCACGUCGUCGGGCGAACAAGCCGAUACCAGGCUCGCCCGUAAAGAAGCGUCCCAUGCGACGCCGAGUGGUAGCUCAGACCGACGAGUCGGCCGAGGACGACGAUGAGAUUGACGAGUAAACUGAGCACUAAUGCCUGUAUGGCCCACUUUUGAUUUCGUUGUCACAUUAUAUUACACCUAGCGUUCGCAUUCGGC